GUAUUCUUCUUCUAUUCUAUCUAUCUAUCUAACAUCUUCAUUUCCAAACUAUAAACUUACCACAACCCUCUUUCUAUCAUUUCUUUCCUCCUUUUGAUCAUUACACAAUACUCUCCAUUCUCACACUUACAUCUUCUCAUCCUAUCAAUUCAGAAAAUUUCCAAUUAGCUCUACACACAGCUCAGCUAAGCUAACCCAGGAUUUAAUACUUGAUUGGUAUCAUGUUUUGGAUGGAUUUGGGAUAAAAUUGCUUUUCAUAUAUAAUCAGAAGCUAAAGGAUUCAAGAGUUGAAAGUUUUUGAUGACUUCUUCUUCUAUGGCUGCUACAAGUGAAAGGUGGAUUGACCGUCUUCAAUUUUCUUCAUUAUUCUGGCCUCCCCCACAAGAUGUUCAGCAAAAAAAGGAUCAAAUUGCUGCAUAUGUUGAGUACUUGAUUCAGUUUACAUCAGAACAGUUUGCUGACGAUAUUGCUGAGUUGAUCCGCAACCGUUACCCGUCGAAGGAAAUUAUUCUCUUUGAUGACGUUUUGGGUAUUUAUGCUUAAUCCCAUCAACAUUUGUCCUUCAUCAUCCAGAGCAUGGGCAUGCAGUUGUACUUCCUAUUAUUUCGUGUAUUAUCGAUGGUACACUAGUCUAUGAUAAGACUAGUCCUCCAUUUGCUUCUUUGAUAUCUUUAGUCUGCCCAAAAGAUGAGAAUGAAUAUUCAGAACAAUGGGCUCUUGCAUGUGGUGAAAUUUUGCGUAUUUUAACUCAUUACAAUCGCCCCAUUUACAAAACGGAAAGGCAAUCCAGUGAAACAGAAAGAAGCAGUAGUGGCAGCCAUGCGACAACUAGUGAGCCACUUAAUGGGAAAGCUGUCAAUAAUGCUUUGGCACAACAAGAGAAAAAACCUAUCAGGCCCUUGUCCCCCUGGAUUACUGAUAUAUUGUUAGUUGCGCCCGUAGGCAUUAGAAGUGACUAUUUCCGGUGGUGCAGUGGUGUUAUGGGCAAAUAUGCAGCAGGAGAACUCAAGCCUCCAUCAAUUGCUACUUCCCGUGGUUCUGGGAAGCAUCCUCAACUCGUGCCUUCUACUCCCAGAUGGGCUGUUGCCAAUGGUGCUGGUGUUAUAUUAAGUGUUUGUGAUGAUGAAGUUGCUCGCAAUGAAACUGCUAUUUUAACAGCAGCAGCUGUUCCUGCACUUCUGCUUCCUCCUCCAACAACAGCUCUGGAUGAACAUCUUGUUGCUGGACUACCAGCUCUAGAGCCAUAUGCACGUUUAUUUCAUAGAUACUAUGCAAUUGCUACUCCAAGUGCUACACAAAGACUUCUUCUUGGACUUCUAGAAGCACCCCCGUCGUGGGCUCCGGAUGCACUUGAUGCUGCUGUGCAGCUCGUGGAGCUUCUUCGAGCUGCUGAAGAGUAUGCUUCUGGCAUAAGGCUUCCUAGAAAUUGGAUGCAUUUGCAUUUCUUGCGUGCAAUAGGGACUGCAAUGUCCAUGAGGGCUGGCAUAGCUGCUGAUGCUGCAGCUGCUUUGCUUUUCCGUAUACUUUCACAGCCAGCAUUGCUUUUUCCUCCUCUUAGACAAGUUGAUGGAGUUGAAGUUCAGCAUGAACCUUUGGGUGGUUAUAUUUCAUCCUACAGCAAGCAGAUAGAAGUUCCUUCUGCUGAAGCCUCUAUUGACGCUACUGCCCAAGGCAUUGCGUCAAUGCUUUGCGCCCAUGGUCCAGAAGUUGAAUGGAGAAUUUGCACCAUUUGGGAAGCUGCUUAUGGCCUGAUUCCUGCAAGUUCCUCAGCCGUUGAUCUUCCAGAGAUCAUAGUUGCAGCCCCACUACAACCUCCCAUACUAUCAUGGAAUUUGUACAUACCACUACUUAAGGUUCUGGAAUAUCUUCCUCGUGGAAGCCCGUCAGAGGCUUGUCUUAUGAAAAUAUUUGCUGCUACAGUGGAAGCUAUUCUUCAGAGGACAUUUCCACCUGAGUCCAGCAGAGAACAAAACAGAAAAGCAAAUUACCUCUUUGGUCUUGGUUCAGCCUCUAAAAACCUUGCUGUGGCAGAGCUUCGUACUAUGGUUCAUUCACUUUUUUUAGAAUCAUGUGCAUCUGUAGAGCUUUCUUCGCGCCUACUUUUUGUUGUCUUAACUGUCUGUGUCAGUCAUGAAGCCCAAUUCAGUGGAAGCAAGAAGCCUAGAGGUGAAGAUAAUUAUUCAGUUGAGGAAAUCAUUGAGGACUUGCAAGCAAUAUCAGAAAUCCGUAAAGAAAGAAAAAAUAGGAAAGUGAAGAAGCAAGGUCCUGUAGCAGCAUUUGAUUCUUAUGUUAUGGCUGCUGUUUGUGCUCUUGCCUGUGAGCUUCAGUUGUUUCCUUUGAUGUCACGGGGAAAUAAUCAUUCAGUUUCCAAUAAUGUGCAAGAUAUAGCCAAGCCCGUUACACUACACGGAUCAUCCCAAGAUUUGCAGAAUGGCCUAGAUUCGGCAGUCCGCCAUACUCACAGAAUUUUAGCAAUUUUAGAGGCACUAUUUUCAUUAAAGCCCUCUUCUGUUGGCACUCCUUGGAGUUACAGCUCAAAUGAGAUAGUGGCAGCAGCUAUGGUUGCUGCACAUGUUUCUGAACUAUUUAGACGGUCAAAAGCUUGCAUGCAUGCUCUGUCUGUUCUGAUACGUUGCAAAUGGAACAAAGAAAUUCACUCCAGGGCAUCAUCAUUGUAUAAUCUCAUAGAUAUCCACAGUAAAGUUGUUGCAUCUAUAGUGAAUAAGGCAGAGCCAUUAGAAGCCACCUUAAUUCAUGCACCUAUUUACAAGGACGCCCUUGUUUGUCAUGACGGUAAAAGAAAGAAUCGGAGUGAAAAUGGUAGCUGCUCUGACCCUGGGCAGACAUCUAUUGUACCUUCGGCAGAUUCAACACCAUCAAAACAUAUCCAUAAAUCUGGAAGAACUCCAUGUUCAAAUGAAGAAGCAUCAGGGUAUAACUUGGGUAAAGGUGUCACCAGUUUCUCGUUGGAGGCAUCUGAUCUCGCCAAUUUUCUCACAAUGGACAGGCAUAUAGGCUUGAACUGCAAUACACAGAUCUUUCUGAUAUCCAUGCUGUCUGAGAAACAGGAGUUAUGUUUCUCUGUAGUUUCUCUACUAUGGCACAAAUUGAUUGCAUCUCCUGAAACUCAACCAUGUUCUGAAAGCACUUCAGCUCAGCAGGGCUGGAGACAGGUUGUCGAUGCAUUAUGCAAUGUUGUAUCAGCCUCGCCAGCAAAAGCAGCUACAGCUGUUGUUCUUCAGGCGGAGAAGGAAUUGCAGCCCUGGAUAGCCAAGGAUGAUGAUCUAGGUCAGAAGAUGUGGAGAAUCAAUCAGCGGAUCGUUAAAUUGAUAGUGGAACUUAUGAGGAAUCAUGAUAGUGCGGAGUCAUUGGUAAUUCUGGCAAGUGCAUCAGAUUUACUUCUACGAGCCACAGAUGGGAUGCUUGUUGAUGGAGAAGCUUGUACUUUACCACAGCUGGAGCUAUUGGAAGCAACAGCUAGAGCAAUUCAACCAGUGCUUGAGUUUGGAGAACCAGGAUUGGCUGUAGCAGACGGCCUUUCAAACCUUUUGAAGUGUCGUCUAGCAGCUACCAUUAGGUGCCUUUGUCAUCCAAGUGCACAUGUCCGUGCUCUGAGCGUCUCAGUUCUCCGUGACAUUUUGCAUACUGGUUCAAUAAGGUGUAGUCCUAAACCACUGCGGAUAAACGGCAGCCACAAUCCCUCUUAUCAAUACUUCAAGUUGGACGUCGUUGAUUGGCAAGCUGACAUAGAAAAAUGCAUGGCAUGGGAAGCUCACAGCAGAAUUUCUGCUGGAUUGCCUAUUAAGUUUCUUGACACUGCUGCCAAAGAACUAGGCUGCGCUAUUUCCGUAUGAAAUGGAAAUGAAACCAUCUUAGUCUGUGACCAUUUUUCACUAGACUUACAGAGAAACUAUUUAUGAUUUUGGAACUAACAGGUUUGCAUAUAUGCAAACAUCAUUCUGUUGGUCGUCAUAAAAAGCCGCAGUCAUGAUUGCAGUUUGUUUAUAGAAAGCUCAUUUUGUAUUAUGUAUGUGCUCUACGUAGACACUGAGCAAAUGUUCACCACGAACUUGCUAAUGACUGUGCUUUUAAUAUAACAGACAUGUACAGUUGUAAAGACAAGAUGUAACCGGGUCUUUUUUAUUAUCCUUGUCCCAUUUUGUGUAAUACAUAUAUGUUGAUAGUGUGUCGUGAAAUUAAAUUCUAAUUGUUGUACUAAUGUGUGUCCAGCAACUUUGACUUUGUCAAAUUUUUUUAGUUUUGUUA